CUUGCAUCGCCAUAGUCUCUCCAUCCAUCUCACGGCAAUUGUCUCGCCAUGGAUACCAUUGCCUUGACCCUUCGGAGCAAGUCACGCCGCCCGCGGCCUCAGAUCAGCCACCCCAAACCCAUCUCCGGCCCUCUGCCCGCCAACAGUAAAGCUGCUGGUCCCAGCGCCAAAGCUGCAUCCAGGGGCACCAGGGAGCGAUCGGGAUCUACGACAUCAGACCUGGUGAAGAGAAGAUAUUCCACCCGUUUCAAUCAACCACCGGAUAUCGACGCCCAAGCGCCGCCUGUCCCGGACCUUUCACAGGUGAAAGGGGAGUAUGCGACGGGCGCUUCUCGGACUGGCAAGAUAGCUGCGUCCACGGACCCCUCUCAGCCCAUUCCUGUCGAUUUGAAAGCGCUGCAGGAUCCCAGCUUGCCUGUUGAUCGAUACGUCGCCAAGCUCCUAGCAAAUGCAUCGGAAGACGAGAUAGAGCAGUAUCAGCGGAAUCUACGGAAGCUCAAGAACAGGACAUCCACCGAUCUCCAGCAAAAUGUCUACCAGAACCGCACACAGUUCAUCAAAAUCAGCAGGGAGGCAGAGAAGCUCAGAAGCGAAAUGCGGACCCUUCGCGGUUUGAUGGCCGAUCUCACCGCUGCCCUAGGCCAGACUACCAUUGGCAACGGUACAAAUCUUCUAACGGCAGACGACCAGGUUGCCAAGCGCAAGGCCAAUCGUAGCUCCAUUGCCAACCUCGAGAGCAUGUGGAAUGUACAACUGCAGGCCCUGUGGAAGACGGUUGAGGGGUCCCAGAAGUUCCUUCCCGCUGUACCGGGCCGUCAUAUUGUGCUGGAGACAAACAACUGGGUCGAAUUGGACUCUGCCACCUGGAAAACCAAACGACCUGUUCACAUUGUCCUGUUGAACGAUCAUCUUCUCAUCGCGGCCAAGAAACACAAACGAGUCGACCAGACCAAUAACUAUCCCAGAGGCCCAAUUCCUACGAGACUUGUAGCUGAGGAUUGCUGGCCACUGCAAGAUAUUGAUAUGAUUGAUUUAGGCGCCAAUCUGAGUGCUGGGGCAACUCGUCAAGACGCGGAUGAUCGCGGAAUGGCCAAUGCCAUCACCAUCCGAGUGGGAUCCAAACCCUUCACCUACUGCCAAGAUAAGGGAAGUAGCCCCACGAAGAAUGAAUUAUUGGCCAUAUUCCGAAAAGCCGUUGAAGAUCUGCGACGGACGCUCCGGUUAGAAACAGAAGCGGCAAAUAAGUCUACCGAAUCCCUUGGCUAUCUUGGUGGAAGAAAUUCAUCAUACUCGCCUAAACCAGACACAUACAGAGCGAUAGAAAGCUCCCGUGACAGGCCUGAAAUCCGAAUCGACGUGGAUGGUAAACAGCAAAAUUUCCGCUGGGUGGAGGGCCAGGUAGACGAGCUUGAUGUGGACAUUGCUCUGCAACGCUUCGAGGAAGCGAUCACCACGAUUGAGAGAUUGCGGAAGUUGGCUAAGGGCCUUAAGGGAAAUGCAAUUGCGCAGGACGUGAUCAAUACCAAGGUCGACGAACGAGCUGCAAGGCUCGCGGGUGUUAUCCUUCGAGCACUUGUGGACACCCCCUCGUUUCUGAUGAGAACCAAGACGAACGUAAACUGGCUGACCAGGUUGGGGUUUGAGGACCAAGCACGAGAGGCAUACCUCAAGGCUCGAUCAGACGUGAUGAGUAAACGAAUUCGGUAGGUGGUUAUUUCGCUUGACAUUGUUUACGUUUUACGGGGACAAUAUUUAACAGCAUAACAGGGCCUGUGUCUUUGAGGGUGAUCUCGAAUUAUACAUCUUCCAGAUUUCCUUUGUCUACUUCACUCUCAUCAAAAACACGAUCAGCAUCUACCAGCAAUGCUUCCCGACGUUCAUGACAAGCGCCUGCAUCAAGUGGGCCAAGGGGCACCUGGAUGACUUCAACGAGCUCCUUGCACGGCAGCUGUACAGUGUCGAACGCGGUACCAGCGUCUGGGAGAAGUGCAUGGGCAUUGUACACGAGCAUGCCGAGCUUCUGAAUGAGGUCGGUGUUGAUUUUGCGGACUUGAUUCCUAAGGAUUUGAAUCCGAGCGGCAACCAUUACAACGAUAGCGAUGGUGGUGAGGAACAUUUUGAAGAGGCAUCUGAGAGUAGGGUUGCUGAAUGAACUGGGCGUUUUAUUUGGGAAAAUAAGCUGGAACUAUUUACAUUCUUCCUAUGGAGUAUUCAAGCGUGCAUGAUUUUGAUAUACAUGACAACUAUAACCCAGCUCUCUGGUAUAUAUAUAUUCUGUUGAAUCUCUACGAGCGGAGUCAACGUCUUGAUUGAGCAAAGCUAUCUACGAGUAAUCUAACCGCC